AUGGAGCAAGUUGGAGGAUUGAGAUUCAUUCUGAGAGGUGCAGUAAUUCCUGACAUAGUACCUGCUAUCGCUAUCUUCCCUGAUUAUCUUAUCUUAGCAAGUAUCACCCUCCCGUACUCCAGUGACGACCCUACAUCGCAUUUGAGGAUCCAAUAUUUCAGUACUGAACAUCCCAAUAUAACAUAUUGGGACACCAAUUACUUCGAGUAUGUAAACGUAUCAUCUCGUAGACACAGCCGUAAAGAUCCAUUCUAUUAUGUUGACAUUCAUGCCAAGACUGUAGUAACUAUUGGAAACAAUUUCACAGGCAACUUCUAUUUCUACGAAUUUCUCAGCAACCAGUACAAGCGUGGUUUCGUUGAAAUGCAUUUCAAAUUUUGUGACUUGGUACUCAAUAAUAAAUUCUUCGGAGCCGCAAUGAAGAAGAAUAUUAAAACAUGUCCACUUCCUGUGGGCGAACAUCACCUAUAUAAUAUGACUAUUCCAAUAGAGCAAGUACCGAGAGGAUUCCCCUUCACAAAAGGACGCAUAUAUGUAAAUGGAACUGUAACGGACACAAAUAAAGUUGUAGUGGCAGGAUAUAUAGAUUUGGAACUAAAGGAAUUCAUAGUACCAACAAAGACAUAA